AUGCCUAAGAUCAGCACGGAGCAGUCUUAUCCCAGCCACGGCCGCUGUUCGGUUAACACCCCCGACAACCUGGACCAGAUUGAGAGUGGCAGCAGCCAUGAGGACCAACUGGACCCCUCCUUCACGGGGACAGGAGGCAUGUCCAGGCUGUCUCGCUUCAUGGUGUUGGUAAAGGGCUGGUCAUCUCACAGUAGUCAGCCCUCAGAUGCCCUUCCUUUAGACUCAAUCAUGAAGUCACACACAGAGUUCAGAGAGGCCUGGAGGGCAGAGAGCAUGUCCAACACCAGACUCUCUGACCAAGUCCGCAAGAGGAACAAUGGUCAAUGGCCCCUUGCAGGAUACAAUAUGAACAACUGCAACAACAAGGAUGACAAAAAAGACGAGAAGAAGGAUGAGAAGAAGCCAGAUCCCCCGAAGCCACCUGAUAAGAAACCGGAUGACAAGAAACCGGAUCCCCCUAAAGAAGUGUGGAUCAUUGACCCCGCCACAGAUAUGUACUACCAAUGGCUGACAAUAGUAGCUGUCCCAGCAUUCUACAACUUAAUGCUUCUGGUGCCAAGGGCUAGUUUCAAUGACCUGCAGGCCAACUAUGUAAUGCUGUGGAUGGUUCUCGACUACACUUCAGAUGUCAUCUAUUACAUUGACACGUUUGUGAGAUCUAGGACAGGUUUCCUGGAACAAGGAUUGCUCGUGAAGGACCCAGUGAAACUAAAAGAACACUACCGAGCCCAGAAGCAAUUUAAAUAUGACAUCAUAUCGAUGAUACCUACCGAUCUUGCCUUCAUUCCAUACGGUUACAACAAUCCAGAGUUCAGAUUCAACCGCCUCGGCAAGAUGGCUCGCCUCUUUGAGUUCUUCGACCGAACGGAAACCAGGACAAACUACCCCAACAUUUUCAGAAUCGGCAACCUUGUGCUUUACAUCCUGAUCAUCAUCCACUGGAACGCCUGCGUCUUCUACGCCCUCUCCAAACUCCUGGGCUUCGGCUCAGACACCUGGGUGUACCCAAACAUCACUGACCCCGAGAUGGGCCAGCUGUCCAGGAAGUACGUCUACUGUCUCUACUGGUCCACGCUGACCCUGACCACCAUUGGAGAGACCCCGCCCCCUGUCAGAGACAUCGAGUACCUGUUUGUUGUCGCCGACUUCCUCACGGGCGUGCUGAUUUUUGCAACCAUUGUCGGUAACGUGGGCGCCAUGAUCUCCAACAUGAACGCGGCACGCGCCGAGUUCCAGGCCAAGAUCGACUCCAUCAAGCAGUACAUGGAGUUUCGUAAGGUCUCCAAGGUCCUGGAGGCCAGGGUGGUCAAGUGGUUUGACUACCUGUGGACGGAGAAGAAGACCUGCGACGAGAAGGAGGUUCUGAAGAACCUGCCGGACAAGCUGAAAGCUGAGAUUGCCAUCAACGUCCACAUGGAGACGCUGAGGAAAGUGCGUAUCUUCCAGGAUUGCGAAGCCGGCCUGCUGAUUGAGCUUGUGCUCAAGCUGCAGCCGCAGGUCUUCAGCCCCGGAGACUACAUCUGUAAGAAGGGUGACAUUGGCCGAGAGAUGUACAUCAUCAAAGAAGGGAAGCUAGCUGUGGUGGCGGACGAUGGGGUCACACAGUGGUGUGUGCUGAGCGAUGGGGCGUACUUCGGAGAUCUCAGUAUCCUGGGCAUCAAGGGCAGUAAGGCUGGCAACAGAAGAACAGCCAACAUCAGGAGUGUGGGUUACUCUGACCUCUUCGCCCUGUCUAAAGACGACCUGAUGGAUGCUCUCACUGAGUACCCUGACGCCAAGUACGCUCUGGAGGAGAAAGGCAAGGCCAUCCUGAUGAAAGACAACCUCAUUGAUGAGGAAUUGGGAAACAAGGCCGACCCCAAAGAAAUGGAGAACAAAGUCCUUACGAUGGAGACCAACAUGGAGGUCAUGACAAUCAAGUUCACCAGAAUGAUUGCCGAGUGGGCAACAUACCAGGCCAAGGUCAAGCAGCGCAUCAGCAACAUGGAGGCCAGGGUCAAACCCCUCAGGCAGGACAAAUAA